GAUUUGCUGCAUUAGUUGUCUUCUUAAAUUUUUUCUAUUAUCCUUAUUUCUUUCGUAAUAAUGGCUCUUCACUCUGCGGGGAAGGGCAAACUUCUUGCUGUGAUUGGGGAUGAGGAUACUUGUGUAGGAUUUCUUUUGGGUGGAGUUGGCGAGAUCAAUAAACAUCGUCAACCGAAUUUUAUGGUUGUAGAUAAAAAUACAGCAGUAGGCGAUAUAGAAGAUACAUUUAAGCGUUUCAUUAAAAGAGAUGAUAUUGAUAUUAUACUUAUCAACCAAAAUGUUGCAGAAAUGAUCCGUCAUGUAAUUGACAGCCAUACACAACCUAUACCAUCAGUAUUAGAAAUUCCAAGUAAAGAUCAUCCAUAUGAUGCUAGUAAGGACUCUAUUCUAAGGCGUGCUAGGGUAAGAUUAUAUUAUUUACAAUAA